AUGGCUUCCAUCUCGUCGGAUGACGACGAGGAGUACCUCUCCUCCGACCAGUCGUCCCCAUCGCCCCCUCGGCAGCCGAGCCAGAACUUCUUCGCACCCCCCUUCUACGGGCGCCCGCCUACGCCGCUGCCACCGUCCCCUUCAUUGACCUCGCUCCUGCGCCCGUCACGACCAACGACGCCCGACGCCUCGGACGAUGACGCGCUCGCCACCGUAGUCCCCCGUGCAGCACCCAAGGUGCCGACAUACGAGUACUACGGCUUCGUGCUCUACCUCUUCAGCAGCCUCGCAUUCCUCAUCUACCUGCUGUGGGCCUACCUGCCCAGCCCAUUCCUGCAUGUGCUGGGGAUCUACUACUACCCCAACCGCUGGUGGGCUCUCGCCGUGCCCGCCUUUCUCGUCAUGACCGUGGUCUACAUCUUUGUCGCGCUGGCGCUCUACAAUACCGAGAUGCUCACGCUGCCGCUCGGGGAUGUGGAGACUGUCGUCGACGGCGCAGGGCAGAUUGCCGUGAUCGACAGCCAAGGACGGCUCAUGGUGGGAAAGAAUAAGGGCAGAGGGGAGAAGAAGGUGGAUGAGGAUGGAAAUGUGAGUUGGAGGGAGGUGUGGAGUGAGAGCACAGAUGCAGUAUUGGACGUGCCACUCGGAGGAGUGUGCGAGGUUCUCUAUGGCGAAGGGAGAAGCAACGUCGCCACGGAUGGGUUUUGUGAUCUUGCGGACACUUGA